AUCCACUAUCAUGUCGUCGGACAGAGUAUUCAUCAAUAUUCUUGAGUCGUACCUGAACGAAGCACCACUGGGGGCUUUUUUUCAUGGCAUCUAUACGUGUACCCUAGCAGUCACUCUAUGGGUAAUAGCGAGGAAAGGAAAACAAAUGAAAGCAAGAAACGCGAUGGUUUCUAUCAUUGUCAUCUUGUACAUCUUGGCUACAAUUUAUGUGGCAGCCGACUGGAGCUCAAUCAAAUAUACCUUCAUCGACAACGGGGAGACACUCAACACCGAGCUUCAAGCACUGACCACAAGCAGUUCUCAUCAGUGGCACAUAUAUCAUUGGUUAACCGGACUCACAUCCGGGCUUGCUACCACCAUUGCCGAUGCUAUCAUGAUCUGGCGCUGCUGGGUUAUUUGGGGCGGUCGCUAUGAAUUCAUUGCAUUACAAACACUACUUCUUUUCUCUCAAAAUGUUUUCGGCUUGCUGGCCAUACUUGAUAACAUCCAUGGACCAGACUAUGGUCCUAUAUCGGGCAAUGGACCCAUCGCUGCACAAGAGGUCGAAUGGACCACCAUUUAUCUUUCGCUCUCUUUAGGAACUACGCUGCUCUGUACCGUCCUCAUCAUCUACCGCAUCAUAAUGGCUGGGAAAUCUUCAGACAACAUUGGUGCCUACCAUCGCAUUAUUGAAAUUGUCGUCGAGUCAGCUUCGCUCUAUGCCUUCUCCCUAAUAUUUUGGAUGGUUUUUAUCCUUUGCAACAAUAAUGUGAGCCCUUAUCCACAAGUCAUAUAUGUUUCGAUCACAGGAUUCGCCCCUACUCUUAUUGUUGGACGCGUUGCAUCGGGACAAUCACGCCCUAAUGACAGCUGGAAAUCAAGCAGUGUCUCUAUGAUGCAAUUCGGUGGACAUUCCGCUCUCCGUGCUGCGGAGGGCACAUCGAGCAACUCCCAUGAGGUCAGCCUCGGGAACGGUGGGUUGGAGAGGGAAGAUAGUUGCCAUUGUGAUAGUGCUUUUGGAGAUAGCAGGCAUGCUACGGUUGACCUAGAAAGUAAUUAACAGGAAGAACUGAUGGUCAGCUUUCCUAUGAUAUACGUUUAUAUCCUUCUGCAUGGUUUCCCUGUAGGCCAUUAGAGUGAAAUCUCAUCGCUGAAAUAACCCUCCAUGAUACGUGGCUACUAGGAG